AUGUCUGUUAGCCAUAUAAUCAUCUUAUUAUUGGGCUUUUUCACUGCAUCUGUUUUUCCAUGUACUCCCAAUAAAUUUGACGGGAAUUAUAUCGCAAUAAGAUUAGCUGGAGUGGUUAAUUGGCGGAUGAAUGUAGAAUUUGGUUUUAUCAAUGAAAACGCGAGAAUUAUCACUUAUAACAGCGGCGAUCAACCAACGCCAAACGAAAUUUUUAUGAUAAAUCAGCCGACACGCGGGGUUUUUGAGUUUCUCCCGUUUCCCAGUUUCUAUCGAGAGUAUGCCAUCGGGAUACCAAGUAACAUUAUCAAUGACACUUUCAAAUUGCAAAAGAGAACCAAUUCUAGUACGCAACAAUUCACUUUCGACUGUGAUAAUUGUGACAUCCAAACAAAUUCUCAGAGCUGGAUACAAUACCAUACUUCAUGUAAGAUAAAGAAUAACGGCUACAGUUUUUGUAUGAUUGGUGCCGACUAUAGUAAUACUGUGAAUCAGACUCUUUGUACUGCUGCGAGCAAAUGGGAUCUUUGGGGAAGGAUAUCACCUGAUAUUGUCAAUAUUACCAAUUCCACGGCCUCAUGUACUUCCGGUUCCGGCACAUCGGCCUCAGCACCUAACAACGCAAAAGAGUCUUCUGGUGUUCAAAUAUCAUCAGGUAAACUUGUAGGCAUAGUUGUGGGAUCUUGCGCGGUUACGGCGCUUAUUUUAGUAGGGUAUUGGUUUUUCUGCCUCCGACAAAAAUCUACCAAGAACGGUGAUAGCGGUGAUAAAGUUGAUAACGAUGAUCGCAUCAAUGAAAUUGUCGAACCAUAA